AUGAAAUUACCCUUCAGAUAUACUAGAUCUCAACUGGAGGUAUUUCGGUUUGCAUUCUGUCUCUUGUCACCUGUUGCUGUGAUGUAUUACAUUGGUAUUGAUACAGAUAAGAAGCUUAACGUUCCAGGAUUCUGGCCCGACCCUGAAACGCUGAAUAAAAUCCCUAAAGAACCGUACGAAAUCAAGGCCGAAUUAGCGAGAAUGAAGAAAGAAAGACUAGAAAAAAGAGUGCGUUUAGAGAAAAAGAUUGCAGAAGAGUAUAACGUAGAUAUUGAGGCUGAGAAAGCACGAAUCCGCGAGCAAAUGAAGCGCGAGCAGGUGCAAGAGUAA